GCAUCGGGCCCCCAGGCGGAGCGACAGGUCUCAGGCCCCCAGGCGGGGCGGCGGGCCGCCGGACCCCCAGGCGGAGCGACAGGUCUCGGGCCCCCAGGCGAAGCGGCGGGCACCGAGUCACCAGGCACGACAGUGGGCUCCAAGUCAACUGGCAUCAGGUCAUUUGGCUCGACAGCGGGCACCGCGUCAUCUGGCAAGGCAGUGGGCUCCGAGUCAACUGGUAUGACCACGGGCACUGGGUCAGACAUUGGAUCGUCUGACUGGACAGCGGGCAUCGGGUCACCAGGCAUCAAGUCAUUUGGCUCGACAGCGAGCACCGCGUCAUCUGGCAAGGCAGUGGGCUCCGAGUCAACAGGCACGACAGUGGGCACCGGGUCAUCAGGUACCGGAUUGUCUGGCUCGACAGCGGGCAUCGGGUCACCAGGUAUGACAGCGGGCACUGGGUCACCAGGCAUCAGGUCAUUUGGCUCGACAGCGGGCACCGCG